GGGCGGGUCGGGGGGAGGCGUGAUCGGCUGACAGAGCGUUGUUGUGGGGUCCCGCCGCUCACGCGCAACGGAGAGUCCGCGCAAAGUUUCCUCGAUGGCGUUGGUGAUGGAGCCGGUGAGCAAAUGGAGCACGAGCCAGGUGGUGGACUGGAUGAAAGGUCUGGACGACUGCUUGCAGCAGUACGUGUGUGUGUUUGAGCGCGGAGGUGUGUGUGGGGAGCGGCUGCUGAGGAUCAGCCACGCCGAGCUCGAGGAACUAGGAGUGUCUCGCAUCGGACACCAGGAGCUGAUCCUGGAGGCCGUCGACCUGCUCUGCGCUCUGAAUUCAGGUCUGGAGACGGAGAGUGUCCGGACUCUGGCUCACAAACUUGGGGCCUCGGCCAAGAACCUGCAGAACUUCAUUUCCAGCCGCCGCCGGAGCAGCCAGUCGGAGAGCCGGAGCUCGCGACGACUACCAAACGAUCUGCUGACCUCCGUGGUCGACCUCAUCACGGCCGCCAAGAGCCUGCUCGCCUGGCUGGACAGGUCUCCCUUCGCCGCCGUGGCCGACUACUCCGUAACCCGGAAUAAUGUCAUUCAGCUCUGCCUGGAGCUCACCACCAUUGUACAGCAGGACUGUACGGUGUUUGAGACGGAGAACAAAAUCCUUCACGUGUGUAAGACUCUGUCCGAGGUGUGUGAGCACAUCGUGUGUGUGUCUUCAGACCCGCUGGUCUCCCAGUCGGCCCACCUGGAGCUGGUCCACCUCACCAACAUCAAACCCUCUGAAGGCCUGGGAAUGUACAUCAAGUCCACUUACGAUGGCCUGCAUGUGAUCACAGGAACUACUGAAGGGUCUCCAGCUGACCGCUGUAAGAAGAUCCAUGCAGGGGAUGAAGUCAUUCAAGUCAAUCACCAGACGGUGGUGGGCUGGCAGCUGCGCAACCUGGUGGGCUCGCUGCGGGCCGACAAGGGCGUCGUGUCCCUGACCCUGAAGAAGCGUCCGCAGAGCACGCUCAGCUCCGCCCCGGCGCUGCUCAAGAACAUGCGCUGGAAACCCCUGGCUCUGCAGCCAACCAGAAGCCCAGGCAGCAGUUCAGCCACGCCCUCAGGCACGCCCACCAAGAGCUCCGCCCUCCAGGACCUCUACAUCCCCCCUCCACCUGCUGAGCCAUACACACCCAGAGAUGAGACAGGAGACGAAGCAUCUCGUAACCACGGUGGCGUCAGCCUCGCUAAGCGCUCUGAGUCACCAAACUCCUUCCUGGACCAAGAGUCUCGCCGGCGAGAGGAGGAGGAGCCUGUGUACUGCACCACGCCCACUUAUGGCAGGCUGAGGCCCAUCUCCAUGCCUGUGGAGUGUAACUGGGUGGGCGACUAUGAAGACCCGGCCAAGCUGAACAGAGAGAGCCGCAGAGAAGCGUCGCUGAUGCGCUACGUGGGACUGUCCGGCGGGGACGAGAGGACCAGCUCGGACGACUACUCGUCCCACACGGCCCGGCCAGGCAAACGCUCCAACGACACGGCCAAGCGCACCAAGAGGCGGAGCCACCACAGCCAAAGCCCCUCCCACUACGUCCUCCAGACCAAUCAGAGGGAGUCUCCUCCCCGAGACCAGGCCUCCAUCUACCACACCUACCAGCAGUCGUCCUCCUCGCUGCAGUCAAAGAACAGGAAGAAGAAUAAAGGACGGAGCUUGGCCUCCCUGAGUCGGAGGCGUGUGUCCUGCAAAGCGCUGGGCAGAGGAGACUGCGAGGGCUGGUUGUGGAGAAAGAGAGACGCCAAAGGUUACUUCUCUCAGAAGUGGAAGAAAUACUGGUUUGUUCUCAAGGACAACUGCUUGUACUGGUACAUCAACGAGGAGGACGAGAAGGCCGAGGGUUUCGUCAGUCUUCCAGAGUUUAAGAUCGACCGGGCCAGCGAGUGCCGCAAGAAGUACGCGUUCAAAGCCUGUCACCCCAAGGUCAAGAGCUUCUACUUUGCAGCAGAUGGAGUGGACGACAUGAACAGGUGGCUGAGUCGUCUCAACACGGCGGCCGUGGGCUACGCCGAGCGCGAGAGGAUGCGCCAGGAGCAGGAUUACUGGAGCGAGAGCGAGCAUGAGGAUGACACCACCUCCAGCCCCAAGCAGGACAGCCCCCCACCUCCGUACGAUACCUACCCACGGCCUCCCUCGAUGAGCGCCUACUUGGAAGGCCGCACCACUCGUCUGUCCUCCACGGAGACGUCCCGCUCUCGCUCGUCCCAGGAGGACUUCCUGUGCGGCGAGCCCACGGUGGCGGCGGAGCCCCAGUAUCACCCCGGUCCUCUUGGAGGCAGCACGCACAGCGGGAGGAAGCCGGGGGGCAGCAGCAGCAGCGACGUGCAGUACAGAUGUGACCCAGUAGAGUACCGGUCCAGCCCAGCAGGGGGCAGCAGCGAGACAGGGUCCCCUGGACGGUCUUCGUCAUCUCAGAGACGCUCCUGGCAGGACCUGAUAGAGACACCUCUGACUGAGGCUGGACUGCACUACCUUCAAACUGGGCCCCUGGAGGAUGCCGUCUUCGCGGAGCCCGGACCGGUCGGCGCGACUAUGAUGGCCGGAGCCGUUUACACUCUUCCGGCACAGCGGAAUGUCCCGUUGCCCAUGGCGAUGCAGAGGCUGAUUCCUAUGGCAACCCAGGGAGGGAAACCCCGCAGCUUCACGCUGCCGCGAGACAGCAACCUGCACGCGCUGCUGGCGCCGCCGGCGAAGGACGAGCACCAGCCGCACAACGGUGGCAGCGAAGGCGCGUCCCUGGGCGACCUGUUUCGUGCCUGCGAGCAGGGCGGCGUGUGCCCUUUGGGCCGCGGGUCCGAAGCCAGAGGUCAGUCCGAGUUCAGGCAGUCCUUCCUGCGACGGGCCGCCGACCCUCAGCUCAACGAGCGGCUGCAUCGCCUCCGCAUUCUCACGUCCACGCUGAAGGAUGUCCCGCCCCUGGACGCAGAGCUCCCAUCGGGAUGUUCAAAUUAGCCUGACGGACAGAGAGAGCAGCCAAUGAGAAGCGUCCAGCACUUAAGCAAAUUGAGUCUUGUAUCUCUGUCGUGUGUGUGUGUGUGUGUGUGUGUGUGUGUGUGUGUGUGUGUGUGUGUGUGUGUGUGUGUGUGUGUGUGUGUGUGUGUGUGUAUUCCUGCUGGCUCCCCUUGUUUUGAUUAUGAACACUACUUCCUGGUUUGGAAGAGACUUGAGCUGUUAUUAAAGCAGCUCACACACACAUUGACUCAGACCUGCCUGCGCUGCUGCCUUGGUGUCCUGCUGCUGCCUGCUGUUUUGUAUUGUACUGUUCUGUAAGGUGUUGUAUAUAAGCUGGUCUUGUAUAGCUGUACAGAGAGGAAGUGAGCUGUGUGUCAGUGAGGAUGCUUUUAUUUUUCCAGCCAUGUCAGGACAUAGAAGGGCGAAACUGCCUCAUUCACAUAACACUCACGAAGAGUUUGUUUCUGUAACGCUGUUCAGCUCAGACUGUGACUCACACAGACGCAGACGCAUCUGUCCAGUCUAUAACCCAAUUAGUAGGAAACAUAAUAACAAACUAACAAAUACAAAUGAAUAAAUGACUGUAGAGACACAAAUAGAUCCCAUGUGUCACACUAUAUCUCUGUUUUACAACUGUACUGUAUAUGUUACAACCCAACCACCCUGUUAGCAGGGGCCGCCAGGCUCAACCAAAGAUUUAAGGACCUGUUGCUCCUAAACAGACAACUCAGUGGUCACAUCCUCUUUUAAACACAUCCAGAACCAGAUUGGAAGCAGCCUGUCUGCUUUGGUUCCAUUAUUCUGUUAUUAAAGGUUUAUUAUCAGCUGUUUAUAAAGACUAAACCAUUUGCUGCUGUGAUGUUCCUAUUACCUCCACGGUGAUUGUGUCUGUUGCCAGAUUAAAGCUCUUUAAGUAUAUGUCAUUGUCAACUUACAUUUCUGCAGACCACAUGCCUCCUGAUGUGUUUUCCAUUAUAGUUAUGUGUUCUGAAUAAGGUCAGCAUAACUACAGUAGUUAUUUAUUAUUUGGAGUGAGGACGCCAGGGUUAGGGUUAGCACGAGCCCGCUGGGCACAUGUAAAACUGUAAUCUAACUGUAAGGAGACAAAAGAUACUGGAAAAUACACAAACGUGGAAGCAAAAAACUUAAAUCAUGCGGCACGAGCUGCUCUGAGCUUUUCAGAGCCAUAAAAAGAAAAGACUGGCCUUUAACGUUCAAGGCGAAGGAGGUGGACCUGGUUGCCUUAUUAUGGAUGACUCGCUGAAAGGGGAACGCGGACGUGAUGUAAACAUUUGAAUCUGGUCGGGCAGGGAGGCUCCAGACGUUCAGUAAAUGUGCAACUCAAUGAAAACCCGUGCUGUGCUUGAGCGAGGCCUGCAGCAGCUGCUUUACCUGAAAAUAUGGGAAUCUUCUGUGUUUUAUGUCCAACAGUGGAAUGUGCAGCUGCUUUGUGAAGUUUGUACAACCUUCACAUCAAAGCAUGUAAAACUAGACGUUUACUGACAUGCAGUUCUCUGUGAUGUAAAACCCCUUCUGCUGUUGUUGUGGGGAGCUGAGGGUGGACUCUCGUUUGUACUGUACUGCGUUUCAGGCCUGCCCCAUGGUUAGACAUGGAAAAGAGCACAAUGAGAAGCCAGACGAUGGAGGAAACACACAAAGCCAUUACAGCAGAUGUGCAGGCAGCCCCGCAUCCCGUCGCCUCUGUAUCUGCACUAUGAUAAAGCCUUGAUGCUCCGUAUGCACAGUCUGAAGUCUGUAUUUGCCUCUGCCAAUAAACAUCUAAAUGUGCAAACACA